AUGAACAGCACCGGCACUGGGCAGACGGCGUAUCAACGGUUGGCCCAGAACGAUUUCGAGGAUGUGUCCGGUGGAAGCAGCGAUUCCGAGCCGGGUGAAGACGAUGGAGGCUUGCUGAGCGACGACAGUAAUGAUCAGCAAGAGGCCACAACUGCAGGCCGCAGAUGGUUGCGUACGGCUCAAGGAACCAUCGUGAACAUUAGCUCCCUGCAGGGAGGCGACGGAGCUAAAGGGAAUCCUGAUAUGAACCAGGAGCUGGUGUUCUCGGGCAAGCGGAACCUCCGGCGGUUCCUACUUCUCGGUACGAUCGCCGUCAUCCUCACGGUAGUCGCUGUGGCCCUCGUGGUCAUGAUCACGGCCAGCAACGAUGACGGCAACGACCCAGAAACGGCUCCGAUCGUGCUGGAGGGCGAACCGAUCACACUGGAAGACUUCCUGACGGGUCGACUAGCCGCGAGCGGAUUCACCGGUACCUGGACCGCUAAUGGGAAGAUCAUUUUCCGCGAUGACUUUGGCUCCGUGAUGACGUACGAUCCGGAGCAGAACGACACCAAAACGCUGCUCGGUAUAGCGAACGAGGAACAGCUGCAGGGCUUCAAGUUCGACCUGUCGCCGGAUGGGAAGUAUCUGCUCGUCGCUCGCGGUUACAGCAAGAUCUUCCGUCACAGUUACCUCGCCAUCUACGACAUCGUUGACAUGACCACGAAGGAGGUGUUCCCGGUGAAUGUCGGUGGCCAGAGGCGUGCCCUGAACCUCGUCGAAUGGAGCCCCGUCAACCACUCGUUCGUGUUUGUGUACCAGAACAAUCUGUACUACCGCGAGACACCGUCCUCAGCCGAGGUGCAGAUCACUACCGACGGAAGCCCAAGCGUUUACAACGGCAUCCCAGACUGGGUGUACGAAGAGGAGGUCUUCUCGACCAACAUUGCCACCUGGUUCUCGCCGGACGGUGGACGAAUCGCUUUCAUUCGCUUCAACGACACAGCGACACCUCUGAUGAAGAUUCCGAUCUACGGACCUCCUGGUAACCCCGACUAUCAGUACCCUCGGGAGCUUACGCUGCACUAUCCGAAGGUUGGCACCAAAAACCCGGAAGUUCACCUCUUCCAGUACGACCUGCAGACACGCACACUCCAGGAGAUCGAACCACCGAUCGAACUGGUCAACCAGAAUCGCGAUCACAUCAUCACGAGCGUUGGUUGGACGCGCGAUCGUCUCAUCACGAUCUGGAUGAACCGCGUGCAGAAUCACGCGAUCGUACGCUCCUGCACGGCAGCAAUCCAACCCGGGACGUCCCAGUGCCUCACGGUGCACGAGAUCAACGAAUCUGCCGGUUGGUUGGAUCUGUUCAGUGCGCCCAUCUUCAACGCUGCCGGUACGCACUUUGUCGUGAUCGCGUCUCAGAUACAGGGCUCGAACGGUGGCUUUAAACAUGUCACGAUGAUCUCCACCACGGAACGAUCGGCGGUAGCGCUUACGAGCGGCACGUUUGUCGUGCAGGACAUCUUGCGCUGGGAUGCGGAAACCAACAGGAUUUUCUACACCGCGAACACAGCGGCUGAAUCGCACGUGCUGCAUGUUUAUACGAUCGAGGGCCGCCAAGGUGCUCCAGCAGCUCAGUGUCUUACGUGUGACGUCGAAGUGGGUGCUAAGCAGAGCUUCUUUAACGCACAAAUGGGCCCAGCAGGCAGCAAUUAUAUGGUAUUGGAGGCACGCGGUCCCAACGUGCCCUGGACGCACGUCUACCACUGGAGUGUGGCAGAAAAUGCCGUACAAAUGAAGCAGAUCAAGGUUUGGGAGGCGAACGAUUACCUUCACCGGGCGCUAAAGGGCAAAGCAGUUCCACGGGUUGAAAUCCACGAGAUCGAUCUUGAGAACGGUUUCACGGCGAAGGCGAUGCUGUUAAUCCCGCCCGGUACCAACACGUCAAGUUCCGCCAUCAAACACCCAAUGCUGGUGGACGUGUACGGUGGCCCUAACUCCGCUAACGUCGUCGGAACGUGGUCCGUCGGUUGGGGCACACAUUUGGCCUCGAACCGGUCGGUGGUGUACGCGAAGAUCGAUGGCCGCGGUAGUGGAUUGAGAGGUGAUCGACUGAUGUACCAGAUCUACCGUAAGCUCGGUACGGUCGAGAUCCAGGAUCAGAUAGCAGGUGCACGGAAACUGGCCCAACAGCUGCCAUACAUUGAUGCCGGCCGGAUUGCGAUCUGGGGCUGGAGCUACGGUGGUUACGCUUCAGCUAUGGCUCUCACGCACGACACCGAUCACGUGUUUCAGUGUGCCGUAUCUGUGGCCCCGGUCACCGAUUGGUUGUUCUACGAUUCUAUCUACACGGAGCGGUACAUGGGUCUGCCAACAGUGAUGGAUAACCAGCACGGUUACGAAACGAGCCGGUUGACCUCACUGCACGAGAAGUUCCGCAACCGGACGUAUCUGCUCGUACACGGUACGUACGACGACAACGUCCACUUCCAGCAGGCGAUGCAGCUUUCCCGGGCUCUCGAAACGCACGAUAUUAUGUUCAAACAGGUGAGCUAUCCGGAUGAAGACCACAGCCUGGCGGGAGUCCGACCCCAUCUGUACCACACGCUGGGACGAUUCUUCACCGAGUGUCUGAAGCUGAACUAAGCGUUUGCAGCUGUUCGUCCUCGGGACCCUAGGAUCCAGCCCGAGCUGGUCUGAAAGUCCUUCUCCGAGUCGCUUGGAGAGGAUCUCCAUUUUGUUACUUCAACGCUCGCCCCUGCUACAUGCGCAACAUGCCUGUACAUACUAGUUUAGUGAUGAAAGAGAAGUCGGAAGGGGUGGGGUUUACAUAUUCACGGGGUUCAUUGUUCCGCCAGGAAGCAUUUGGUCGAUUAUGCUGGGAGUAUUUCUGUUGUUGUUGAGAAGAAGGAUCAGUUGGUGUAGAAUGGCACACGCCGGUAGUGUACAUAUUAAAAGCGGGUCAGUAGGAACGCUACGAAUCGUUACAACGUUCACCUGACGUUACCCCGUUUUCCGAUAUUCAGGAGGUUUCGAAGUACAACGUGUUUAGAAAACACUAGUCAAAGGACGUUUACUCCGUAAACGUGAAGAUUUUACCAGCAACAGUGUCCAGAAAGGCCCGUAACAUCCCCGAAACUCCGUUCAGUUGCAGUAGAAAGGAUACGCUCACUUAAACCAAUGUUUUUUUUACGUUCCGAAGCGUUCCAGAGAGAAAUGAAACGAAAGGUAUAAAUGAGUAGAAUAUAGAACCGUUGAU